AUGAGCAAUACUCCAAAACAGUCAGAACUGAAAUCUCCCUCAAACGAGGAUGGUGGAGGAGGUAAUUCCGGAAAUGUCUUCGGUUUUCCACAUAAAGUAGACCUUGAUCACGUUCUCAAGCACCAUGCUGGAAACAUCGGUUUUGUUCAAAUUAUAAUGGUCAUUAUGAGUGCUCUCACUCUACCUCCUGGCAUCAUAUUUCCCGUCUUUGGGAAUACAGAACUUCCACACCGAUGUCGUCUGGAACCUGAGGUAGAAAAGGAACUUGCUAGGAGGUUUAGUAGAUCUUCUGAAGACACUUUCAAUUCAAUUGCCACUUUAGUCGGUCCUUGGCCUAGUUCAAAUUCAUCUUCCUUUGUUAAUUGGCACGGAUUUGGUUGCAAACGUUAUUUAGUCCCACUUAUGUCUGUAACCCAGAAUACAACCCGUCUACUAACAAUCCCUUGCAAUAACGGCUAUGUUUACAAAUACUCCUCCGAUCAAUACCCAGGUGGAAUUAUCAAUGAGUGGGACCUAGUGUGUGAUAGAGCCUGGAUGGGUCCAUUCAGUACNGAGGAAAUACUUUGCAUUGAUGGUCUGCUAAAGACGUACUUCAAAUGUGAAUGGACAAGUAUCAAGCACAUAGUGUGUAGCAUUCAUACUGGAACGUCCACAGAAUAA